AACCACGAGCGCUGCGGAGCCAUAAAUCGCGAGGAGAAAGAGGAAAAGACCGAAAAGAGGAAAAGACUGUGCGAGGGGAGCGUGCUGCGAAAUAGUAGUAGUAGUACAUCCUCUCUCUCUCUCUCCCUGGCGCGCUUGCCAUCCACACCACACCAAAGCCAAAGCCAAGAACAACUCAGAGGCCGAAGAGAGAGGCAGAGACCACAAGAAAAAGGAGAAAUCAUGGAGCCGAUUUGCUGUGGAGAUUCGGGCGUGUGAUCCGGUCGGAUCUUGCUUUCCUGGGAGGCGAUGGUGCUGUGAUGUGGCGUGCCAUGGUGCUCACCUAUAUCCUCCUCCCUGCUGCCCCGGAGAUGCCGCAUUAGCCACCAAGCAACAGCUCCACCACCGCACCUCCGUUCCCGCGGCCACAAGGAAGAAGGGGAGAGAGAGGCUCUGUGGAUUCGUUCCGUUUCUAGCUCUUGUCACACCAUGACGGUGGUUGAUGCUGAGUCCCGGUUCCAUGUUCUCGCGGUGGAUGACAGCCUCAUCGACAGGAAGCUCAUCGAGAUGCUGCUCAAGAACUCAUCCUACCAAGUGACUACUGUCGAUUCUGGUAGUAAGGCCUUGGAGGUGUUAGGAUUGAAGGAUGAAGGGGAAGACUCAUCAUCGCCUUCCUCCUCCUCCCCUGACCAUCAGGAAAUCGAUGUGAAUCUGAUCAUCACUGACUACUGCAUGCCUGGCAUGACAGGGUAUGAUCUGCUGAAGAGGGUGAAGGGGUCCUCCUCAUUGAAGGACAUUCCGGUGGUGAUAAUGUCUUCUGAGAAUGUGCCUGCCAGGAUCAACAGGUGCUUGGAAGAUGGUGCAGAGGAGUUCUUCCUGAAACCUGUCAAGCUCGCUGACAUGAAGAAGCUCAAGUCUCAUCUGCUGAAAAGGAAGCAGCCCAAGUCUCAGCCACAGCCACAGAUACAGCCGGAGGCUGAACAACCUGAGCAACCGGCGCACAAGCCGGAGGAAGCAGUAGCAGAAGUGACUGCUGAUGGAACAAUCAACGACUGCAAUGUCAGCAGCGGUAACAAGAGGAAGGCGGCGGCGGCAAUGGAGCAGGAGGGGCUGUCGUCGCCGGAGAAGACGAAGCCAAGACUGUCCAGUAGCAGCUUGGCAGUGGAGACCUGAUACCGAAUUAAUUAAUUAUUAAUCCCCCCCCCCCUCACUAAGUAUUUUUCUUCUUUCUUUUGCUGGUUCUUUUGGGGGUUAAUCAUGGAGUGAAGCGUUAGCUCCUGGGUGUUUAGCUCUAAGUGAAAACAAUUGCAUACCUAUAUGUCCUGCUUUGGUCCACAAAUUUUGUUGUGCUCGGGAACACCCAUGGUGGUCGUCAGAAAGAAAUGGGGAAACAAAUUGUAGAUAAAGAAGGCUGCGCCUUGGAUGCUUUUGUUUAGGUUAAUUUUAACUUUGUGGCUUAUUAUGCUACUGACUAGAUCAAACUUGUGAUGGCUGUUGCACAGAUAGAUGGAUCAAUCGGUCUUCGCUGUUGAUGCUGUAUUGGUUCAUUUCUUCCA